AACGAGAAUAGCGCUAGUAAACAUGGAUAUUGUAGAGUCCAACAUUGUGCCAAUGGAGAAGGUAGAAAACAUAAACCUGGAUUGUGUACAACAUGUGAAAAUGGAUAUUACUUAUACGCAAAUGUAUGCAAUGAAUGUUUGGAAGGAAAAUAUAAAAAUAACGGACAGUGUGUACCUUGUCAAAUCGGAUGUUAUUUGUGUUCAAAAUUGGGUACAUGCAAAAUAUGUGCUGAUGGUUAUUACAAGAGUUCGUAUGGUAUUUGUAGUGAGUGCCCUUUGUGUGACAGAUGUCAUCAAGAAAAUAAUGAUAUCAAAUGUGAUGGUAAUUGCGUUGAAGGGUAUUAUAAAAACAAUAACAACAUGUGUAAACAAUGUCCCUAUAAUUGUGAUAAAUGUUCAAAUGGUGAUACAUGUACUAAAUGUACUAUUGGUUAUUAUUUAACUAAAGGAUCAUGUAUAGCCUGCCCAAGUAAUUGUAAUUCGUGUUCUUCAACAACAAAGUGUACUAUUUGUAAUGAUGGGUAUCUGUUAAAUUUAGAAACGAAACAAUGCGACCAAUGCGAUGUCAAUUGUAAUGCAUGUAAAAGUGGAGGAGGUUGUUUAGAAUGUAAACCCAGUUAUUACCUUAUGGAAAGUGAAUGUGUGUCGUGUCCUAUUUCGUGUAAAACUUGUUCAACGACAACUUCAAAUUGUACAGAAUGUAACUCAAAUGAAGUUUUUAUGGUUUUUCCUGAAAUUGGGUGUGAAAGUUGUAAUUCUUUUGAUUCUAAUUGUUUUAAAUGUGAUGCUGGAUUUUCGAGAUUUUGUUCUGAAUGUAAAACUGGUUAUUAUCGAAAUGAUUCUAAAUGUGUAGCUUGUUCAUAUUCAUGCAAUAUAGAUUAUUGUGAUAAAGUGUAUGGUUACUGUUAUAAAUGUGCCAUGGGCUACACAAAAUUACCAAAUGAAAAAAGUAGAAAUUGUCAACAGUGUCAUGAUUUUGACGAUCAUUGUGAUGAAUGUUCUCAAGACAAUCGUAUGUGUUUGAAGUGCAACCAAGGUUAUUAUCCACUCAAAGUGUAUCCAUUUACAUGUGAACUGUGCAAUGAAACAUGUAAAGACAAAUGUAACAAUUUAACUGGUAUAUGCACCUCUUGUGUUUCUGGGUAUGUUUUGAAAACACAACAAGACACUUCAUGUGAAAGUUGUACAACUUUUGAUCCAAAAUGUAUUACCUGUGCUGAAAAUGGCGUUCGAAGUUGUGUUUCAUGCAAAGAUACAUACAAACCAAAUCCAAAUGGAGGUUUUUGUAUUCAAUGUGAUUCGACUUGUUUGAAGGGAUGUGAUGGUACUAUUGGUAUUUGUUUAACAUGUAACAAUUCAUAUGUUCCUUAUUUAGAACCAAAAACAUCAUGUGAAAAAUGUACAGAUUUUGACUCGAAAUGUUUGGCCUGUUAUCCAAAUGAACGAAAAUGUUUUGAAUGUAUAAGUGGUUUCUAUCCUUCAAACAAAAAUGAUGAGACACAAGGGAAGUGUAUUCAAUGCGAAUCGACUUGUUUAAAAUGUUCUCCAUUGAGUGGCAAUUGUACACAAUGUCAAUCAACUUAUGUCUUUACUUCACCUCAUUCAGAAAUGUGUGAAAGUUGUGCCGAUUUUGACAAAUAUUGUGACACAUGUUUUUCUGAUUACACAAGAAAUUGUUCUAUAUGUACAACAACUUCUGGGAAAAGACCAAAUAUAUUUGGUGGAGUUUGUAUUGAUUGUGAUUCAACGUGCGUGGUUAAUAAUUGCGAUAGAAAGAGUGGAAUUUGUAACAAAUGUCAACAAAAUUAUGUGUUUGAUAACCCUAAAAAACAAAGUUGUAUCUUAUGUAAAAAUUUUGAUAUUAAUUGUAAAACGUGUUCACCUGAUUUUAUGAGGAAAUGCAUAGAAUGUAACACAAAUUAUUACCCAACAAAACAAAAUAAUGGAGAUGUCAUAUGUGUCAAAUGUGAUGGUACGUGUGGUGGACUCUGUAGUACAACAACUGGAUUUUGCAGACAAUGUGCCGAUGAAUAUAUUCCAACUAAUCCAAUUUCUUUUCAUUGUGAAAGUUGUAGUAAUUUAAAUGUAAAUUGUUCUCAAUGUAUCAAAGACGAAAGGAAGUGUAAAACAUGUAAAAGUAAUAUGUAUCCAAAUUUAAACGGAGUGUGUAUUGACUGUGACAAAAGCUGUAAUUUAGUUUGUGAUACAACCAACGGAAACUGUAUUAAUUGUCUUUCAAAUUAUGUCCACAACACAGCAAAUUUAAGUACAUGCAUUCCUUGUAUAACAUUUGAUAAAAAUUGUUUGGUUUGCUCCACAGACUACUCACCCAAAUGCAUUCAAUGUAACAAUUUUUAUUACCCAAAUACAAUGGGAAUAUGCAUUCCAUGUGGCAGCGGAUGUUUACAAUGUGAUACAAAAAACGGACAAUGUAUCGUUUGUGAACUAAAUUACGUCUUUAAUGACAAAACAGGUAUUACAUGUGAGAGUUGUAAUACAUUUGAUAUAAAUUGUUCGAAUUGUUCAUCUUCAUUUGAAAGAAUGUGUAUUAAGUGUACAACAACAGAUAAUUACCCUCAAAACGGAAUGUGUAAACCAUGUGAUCCGACGUGUGGAGGGAGUUGUGAUCCUCAAAAUGGAAAAUGCUUAACAUGUCAAAAUGAUUUUGUAUUUAAAUUACCACAAACGACUUCGUGUGAGAGUUGUACCACUUUUGAUUCAAAAUGUACUACUGAACCCGGUAGCUGUUCUUCAAACUAUACAAGGGCGUGUAAUAAAUGUAUAACCAAUUACUAUCCAGGUGCAAAUGGUAUGUGUCAAAUUUGUGAUUCUUCAUGUGGAGGUGUUUGUGACACUACAAAUGGAACUUGUUUAAGUUGUGAAAACAAUUUUGUAUUUAUUAAUUCGGAAUCAAAAACGUGUCAAAAAUGUUCACUUUUUGAUACCAAUUGCAAUAAAUGUGCAACUGAUUUUUCAAGAAAGUGUAUUGAGUGCAUUGAAAAUUAUUAUCCAAAUUCAGAAGGUAAAUGUGUUCAAUGUGAUUCUUCAUGUAAUAAAAAGUGCAACACACAAACUGGUUUUUGCACGGGAUGUAUAAAUAAUUAUGUAAUGAGUGGGCUAAAAUGUAUUCCAUGUAACACUUUUAAUAUCAAUUGUUCUAUUUGUGAUUCUACUGGACUUCAAAAGUGUGUAACUUGUAAUAAUCACACAUUUGCAUCAAAUGGCAAUUGUGUGGAAUGUUCAGAUAAAUGUGAAAAAUGCGAUGGUUCCAAUGGGCAUUGCACUGCUUGUGGUGAAAAUCAAGUAUUAAAAAAGGAUGAAACAAAUACAUGUGAAAAAUGUACUGAUUUUGAUCCAAAAUGUGCAAUUUGCGCAAGUGAUUCAUCACGAAAUUGUGUUACUUGUGAAAGCAAUUAUCACCCAGUUUUGACUUUAAGUGAAAUGAAGUGUUAUCAAUGUGAUGAUUCCUGUGGAGGAAAGUGUGAUACUACCUUUGGUUAUUGCACAAGUUGCUCUUUCAAUUAUGUUUUAUAUGAUGAGAAUAAUUUAAAGUGCCAAAAUUGCUCGAAUUUUGAUAUGAAUUGCAAAAUUUGUUCACCAAAUUUUAAAAGAAAGUGUAAUGAGUGUAAAAAUGGGUAUCGUCCAGUCAAUGAAACAGAAGGGAAAUGUGUUUCAUGUGAUUCAACAUGUUUGAAUCGAUGUGAUGGUAUGACUGGAUACUGCACUUCGUGUAUUCCUGAAUAUGUCAUAACACAACGUGAUUCGUCUGUUUGUAUAACUUGUCGGUUGUUUGAUCCAAACUGCAAAAAGUGUUCACCUGAUUCAACCAGAAAAUGUGUUGAAUGUGAUUCAAAAUAUUACCCGGUGCCACAACGCAAUGGGGAAAUUAAAUGUCAGCUCUGUAAUGAAACAUGUGGUGGACAAUGUAAUAGUACGAAUGGAUAUUGCAUUGGAUGUUUAUCUCAAUAUGUCCCGACAACAAAUCACCCCAAUUCUUUAUUUUGUGAGAGUUGUCAAAUUUUUGAUAAUAAUUGUAAUAAAUGUGUUGAAAAUGAAAGAAAUUGUCUUGUAUGUAAUAAUGGAAUGUACCCAGAUGAAAUAAAUGGAAUUUGUAGAAAAUGUGAUGAAUCUUGUAAUGCACAAUGCAACACAACAAAUGGAUAUUGCAAAUCAUGUAAACUAAAUUAUGUGUUUAAUGCAAACAAUAAAAAAAUAUGCAGUCCAUGUAAUACAUUUGAUAUCAAUUGUUCGAUGUGUUCAACUUUAUUUGAAAGGAAAUGUGUGUUAUGUAAUGAAGGGUACCAACCCAAUGAGAACGGUGUUUGUGUGAGUUGCACAGCAAUUCCGAAUUGUAAAAAAUGCAGUCAAAGUGAGAUGAAAUGUUUAUUGUGUUACGAUCCAUAUUAUCAAUUCAAUAAAACGUGUGCCAGUUGUCCUGUUUACCAAUAUAAAAAAGAUGAAAAUACAUGUGAAAAUUGUUAUGUUAAAAUACCCAAUUGUAACUUGUGUUCGACAACUUCAACAGGAACUAUUACAUGUAAUGAAUGUAUUACACCUUAUGUUAUUGUAAAUGGAAUGUGUGUAUUGUGUCAAUCAUAUGAAUAUUAUGACAUUUCAACUAAAACAUGUUUAACACUUGAUACCUGUUCACUUCCAAUUAAUUCAACAAAGUGUUUGCAAUGUGAAUUAACUUAUUUUGUAUCAAAUGCUAAAUGUGUUGAAUUAAGUGAAUGUCAUUCUCCUUCGACGUCAUCAAAGACUUCGUGUGAUUGUUACGACCAAAUAUCAAUAAAUUCUAUUUGCACUCCUAUGAUUACCAACUGUAAGUAUCAAAAAUCUUUCAAGGGAGUGGCUAAUUGUAUACAAUGUGUAGAUAAAUAUACACUAACAACAGAUUUUAAAUGUUUACAAACAAACAUUGGUAAUAAAGUAAUGAGAAAUGAAGUGAUUUAUCAAUGUGAAGAAAGCUACUAUUUGGACAACAACAACAUGUGUAAAUCAUGUGAAUUAAAUACUUCAAUAUGUAUCAACCAUAACAACAAAGUCAAUUCUCUUAAAUGUAAUAAAAACUGUGUUAUUGAUGUUGAUGAGAAAACUUGUCUUGAAGAUUCAACUUGUGAAAUAACUUCAAAUGAAAGUUGUGUUAAGUGUCAUAAUAAAUCUUCUGAAAUAUCAAAAGGAAAGUGUUCAAUUUGUUCUUUAUUUGAAUGUGAAAUAUGUGAAGGAGGUAUAUGCAAAAAAUGUUCAAGUGACUUUUUAAAACCCAAACAUAAUAUGUGUGUCCACAAAAGUCAAUUAAACUGUGAAAAGUCUUCUCAAUUUGGGUGUGUUUUGUGUUCAGAUGGAUAUCACCCAAAUGAUGUUAUAAACAAUGAAGGAAAAUAUGAAUUUUGCAUGAAAAACAACAAUCAACUGUGCAAACAUUUUAGUUUGACUAAAGAGAAAUGUGUAGAGUGUUUUGAUGCUUACAAACUUAAAGGCGGUGUGUGUUCUGAAAAUUUCGAUGCUCAAGAAACACCAAAAAAUGAAAACAACAUUUCAACCGAUAUUAUGACAUUAAAAACAGAAGAUACCAAUGGAUGUGAAGAAAGAAACAACAAAGGUUGUCAACGUUGUUUUGAAGGGUUUUAUAUUGAUUCGACUGAAUGUCUAAAAUGCAAUACAAAUUGUAAAACGUGUUCAAGUACAAGUCGUUGUUUGACGUGUGAAAUGGGACAUUUUCUUGACACAAAUUAUGUAUGUCAAUCACUUGGAGAUCUUUUCAAAAAAUGUUUAGUAACACUUCCAAAUGGAAAUGGCUGUGCUAUAUGUAAAGAUGGAUAUUUCAAAUCAAACGGAGAUUGCAAUGAAUGUGACGAUUCGUGUUUAAAAUGUGUUUCGCGUGACAAGUGUCAGUCAUGUCAAAUAAACUACUUUAAAAUACCAACAGAAAUAACCAGUUUGUGUCUUCCGUAUGAUUCAAAUGUUAAUUGUAUAUCAAUGAAGGAAGAUGGAUGUUAUGUAUGUGAGAAUGGAUAUUAUUUAUCUCUUGGGAGAUGUAUUAAAUGUUAUAUAAAUUGUACAUCUUGUAGUGAUAGCACAACUUGCAUAUCAUGUGCUGUUGAUUACAUUUUAAUAUCCUCCUCUUGUGUUCAUUAUUCUGAAAUACUUCAUUGUAAAUCUGCAAAAAAUUCCAAAUGUGAAUUUUGUAACAGGCAUUACAAACCUUCAGAUGACGGAGAGAGUUGUAUUCAAAUAACGAAUUAUGGAGUUGUUAUUGGUGUUCCACUAUUUAUUUUGGUUGCACUUAUAAUUGUUAUUUCAUUAAUAAUUGUAAUCAUUUAUCUGUUAAUUAUGAAGCAAAAGGAAAAGAAGAAACUUGAGAACAUCUGUGUUUUCCAAAUGAAGCGUUCUAAUAUCACAAUGAUUGCAUUAAACAAACAAUUGUGUAGCAACAAAAACCCAAUUAAAUUUGACUUAGAAGAAGAUUCACCAAUAAACGUGGACCAAGAAACGCGAGAUUUGAUAUGUGUUGGAAACACAUCAAAACACAAUUUAAAAGUUCAGUUUAGUGUAAUUGAUGGAUGUGAUCAUUACGAAAUAAGAACAGUUCCUUCAUUAAUAACUUUGAAAAGGGGAGAAGCGUGUGAAUUUGAAAUAUUUAUUAAGCCGUUAUGUAGUUGUAAAAUAGAAGAGGAUGUCAUGUUAAUAGCACUUGACCUUGAAUUGGGUAUACAAAUCAAUGAAAAAAUUCGAAUUAUUUCAACGACAAAACAAUCGACCAAAUUAGAUUACCACGAGUUAAUAGAAUCCAAGAAAAUUGGUGAAGGAUCCUUUGGAAUUGUAAAUAAAGGGACUUACAGAGGAAAUACUGUGGCUAUUAAAAAGAUGAAAAAUGCACAAGCCACAAAAAGUGCGGUCGAUGAGUUUACAAAGGAAGUUGCAAUGUUAGACAAAUUUAGAAAUGAUUUUGUGAUACAUUUCUAUGGUGCUUGUUAUAUACCAAGUCAUAUCUGUAUGGUCACGGAAUAUGCCGAACACAGCAGCUUAGAAGAUAUGAUAUCAAAAGAAAAGGAAAUAUCUCUCAAAAUGAAAGUAAAAAUAAUAUGUGAUGGAGCCCAAGGCAUUUCUUAUUUACACGAAAAUGGGAUAUUACACAGAGACAUUAAACCAGACAACAUUCUUGUUAUUACUAUGGAAAAUAAUGUCAAAGCAAAUGGAAAAUUGACUGAUUUUGGAAGUAGUCGAAAUAUCAAUUUAUUGAUGACUAACAUGACAUUCACUAAAGGUAUUGGAACACCAAAAUAUAUGGCACCCGAAGUCUUAAAUAAGGAACACUAUAAAAAAUCGUCUGAUGUAUUUUCGUUGGCUAUAACUUUUUAUGAAACACUGGUGUGGGGAGAAAUAUACCCAAAAAGUGAGUUCAAAUUUGCGUGGUCUAUUGCAGAUUAUGUAACAAGUGGAAAAAGAAAAGAAAGACCGGAAAAGAUAAAUAUCGAGUUAUAUGAAGUGUUGACUAAAAUGUGGGGACAAAAAGGAAAUGAUAGAAUUGAUAUUUCAACAGUAAUUAAAACACUACAAAAAAUAUAUAAUUCACUUUAA